UCAGAAUCGAGUAUUCACAUGGACUGUGGUAUAAAGUAAGUAGUAGUAGUAGUAGUAAACCUUUAUUUUACCAGGCAAGAAUUGCUAAGAAUACAUUCUUAUUUAAGGCAAUGGCCUGGUAGGAGGUGAAAGACCUCCUAAGGGGAAGGGAGAGGGGGAGUAACAUUAAAAUAUAGACAAUAAAAGCACAUACAACAACAGUGACACAAAAGAAAAAGGAAUAAAGACAUAAUGCAGUGACACACCACAGAAUGACAGUUAGUUUGACCUACAGUGACAUACAACAAGUUAAGUAAGGACAGAGACACUAAAAGUAAAAACAGUGAUACUAGACAACCAUAAAUGAGACAGUAACAAAACAACAGCAGUAACAGAAGGUGUUAGUGAGGUUAGUGAGGUGAUUGGAUCAGAGAGAGCUUUGGCUGGGACAGCUGCAGGUAUAUUUUAUGGAUUUAGAUAUGACAUGUUUGAAGGAGUUGACAGAGGUAAGAGUUUGUAACUGUAAGGAUUUUUGGAGUUGAUUCCAGCUGUCGGCAGAAGCAACCUGGAAGGAGGAACGGCCCAGGGAAGAGUGCGUCAGUGGGGCAUUUAACAGGAUGAGAGGGGCAGAACGGGUGUUGUGUAUAGGGGGAUGCAGAUGCAGAAGCUGUGUUAGGUAGGGAGGAGUAAGACCUAGGAGGGUUUUGAAUACCAGCAUCAGCCAGUGCAUGUUGCGCAAGUAAAAUAGAAUAAAAUACUAAAAUGAUAGAAUAGAAUAGAAUAUAGUAGAAGAAUAGAAUAGAAUAUAUUAGAAGAAUAGAAUAGAAUAGAAUAGAAUAGAAUAGAAUAGAAUAGAAUAGAAUAGAGGUUUAUUAGCAUUUGCACCAAACGGUACCGGUACAUUGGAAUUCUUUUGCGUUCUCCCUUUUUUCCUGAAGUCUAGGAUGACUUUUGUUCUGUCCAGGUUCAGAACCAGAUCAUUGUCUCCCCCAGAGACAGUCAGUACGUGCACAUGCAGCGAUUCAAGCUGGUUGGAGAUCAUUUGCACACAUCGUACUGACUUUUAAACUGCAUGUGAACACCUUAAGCCAGUCAAGUCAAUCUGAUCAAACCGGAUUCAUCAACCCGCUUGCAGCACCUAGAUAAGCCAGUCGCAAGCCAGUCGCAACCGCCUUGUUAAUGCCAUGUGUACGGGGACAUAGAUAUUACAGUCUGCGCAUGCUCGAGAUUUUCCCCCGGGUGGGGUUAUCCCCCGGGGGAGGAGAUUCACCCGGAAGUGAAAGGAGACGACGCGUGCUCAGUAGUUGAAAAGGAGGCAGCGCGUGUUUACCCAUUCUUUCAUUCAUUCAACAUGUCUUCAGGGAGAACCCAUUUUUGGUCAGAUGAGGAGACGCGUUUUCUUCUUAGGCAGAUGCAAGAAUUAAACAUUUUAAGGUUUAUGGAUGGGCGGAAAAGCCGUAACGCGGACCUUUACAAGAAGAUUGCCAGAGAGAUGGCUGAGGCUGGCUUCGCGAGGACACCGGAGCAGCUGAAGAUUAAGUGGAAGAACCUACGCACGGCGUAUAUUACCAAAAACAAGAAUAAUAGAAGUGGACACGAUCCGGCAAGUUGUCCACACUUCGCUAUUUUAGACGACCUGCUUGGGGGUCGUCCCUUGUCCCAAGCCGGACAAAAUGGGGUGGACUCCGGAUUCCCGGCAGCCAACCAAGCAGCAGCAACAGACAUGGGGGAGUCAACAGCGCCAACAGACAUGGGGGAGUCAACAGCAGAAACCGAGAUGGGCGGCCAUGUUGACACAGCAGAGCGUGGAGAAGAGGCUUGUCCGGUUGCUGGGACCUCAAGGUGCAGUUCCCCGCUGCAGAGCAACUCUGAGUUACUAGAGAUAAGUGCUCAGAGACCUCGUCGGAGGCGGCAGGGAAGCGACGUCGCUCUCCUAUGCGACCAGAUGAGCGAGACAAGGGAAUUCUGGCGAGAGCGUCAUCGGGAGAGCGACAACCGCCAGAGAGAGAGCGACGACCGUCAGAGAGAGAUCGACGAGCGUCAGAGAGAGAGCGACGAGCGACAGGAGCGGAUGCUGGCCUCUUUUAUCGGGGAGAUAAGAGCGACAAAUAGACUGUUCGGCGCAGUCCUGGACUCCAUCAACAGACUGACGCCUCCGGCACCCACCUCCCACCUACCUAGGAACUCCACCCCACGACCAGGGUAUCAUCUGGCCUUCCCAAGACCAUUAAGCCCGGUGUACCACCCACAAACACCAUCCACCCCCUCACGGCCAAGGUCAAUGACCUCCGACCCGGAAGCCUACCCAGGGUACCACCGUGCCCUCCCAGGCCCAUCAAGCCCGGCGUACCAUCCACAAACGCCAUCCACCCCCUCUUCGCCAAUGACCUCCGACCCGCAACAGGAAGCCUACCCAGGGUACCACAGUGCCCUCCCAGGUCCAUCCAAGUACCGCGACCUGUAGAAAUUUGUUUUUUUUUAAUUCAGCUUUUUUUGCACGUUUAAUUCAUCUUUUUUUUGCACAUGUUCAAUUCAUCUUUUUAUGCACAUGUUCAAUUCAUCUUUUUAUGCACAUGUUUAAUCUUUGUUUGCCCAUGUUUGUUUAAUCUUUGUUUGCACAUGUUUAAUUUAUCUUUUU